AUGUCCGUGGCGCUGGAUGCAAAUACGACGACGACGGCGCUGUGGCCGCCGGCGACGGGGAAGGUGACGCGAUCGACAGGGCAGAUUUUGGAGGUCACGCUAGUUGACAAGGGCGUAACGCGGUUCACUCAUGUCGUCUUUGACCCCACUGACGAAGCGACGUUUUACGCGAGCAGCAGCGAGUCGCUCGUUUACGUGUUUUCUCUUCGCAAGAACGUGGUGAAACUCUUCGCGGCCUGUGAGUACCCAAUCUCCUCAAUGGCGUGCUGUGGCAACGGGGUGAAUCGACUUUUUCUGUGUGCGACGGAGGAUCUGAGCCUCAUUUGGUUGGAUUGCAGUACGAGCCGCAUUCUUCAACGAGCGAAGACGCCACACCUGCACGCUAUUCAUAUGAUGCAUGCACCCGUUGGCCUGGGCUCUCCUUGGCUGGCCACCAUUUCACGAGACGCACUGGCGCUAUGGGACGCCACACAAAUGGCGUGUCGAGUGCAUAGCCACAUCACGACAGCAAACACGGUACAUGACUUUUUGAGCGUACACGCGGGACUAAACCUUCUCUUGACGGUAGAGAAUUCUGGGGUUGUCAAGGCAUGGGACACCGUUACUUUGAUGCCAAUAAAGACCGUAACAGUUGAGAUGCGCCCACGCACAGCAGCAGCGUGCCAAAAGUAUGUCGCUCUUGGCUCUUCGAAUGCAACUGUCGGUUUCUUGAACACCUCGGAUUUGUCGGCUAUUUGUUGUGUUCAGCUUUCUACGGCGCCGGCGGCAACGCGCUCCCUCUCAAUUAUAAACGACGAUCUUCUCGCCUGUGAGCUAACGGAUGGCACCGUUGUUUUUCUCUUAGUCAGCAAUUACAGCGUGGCUUUUGCAAUGGCCGCCUCAUGCGGUGGUGUGGCGCGGAGGAGCCCCGCAUCGUUCAGCGUGUCCGGGCCGUCAUUUGGUGUGUUUUUGCGUGGCGAUCAAUUGGCUCUCUUUCACCUCCCUGUGGUGCGUCAGUACUACCUGCGACGAACGAGGUGGAACGGCACGGACCCAAAUCCGACGCUGCCGCAGCAGCUUUACCCCUUUCUGCGGCAGGGAGAGAACGCUCGUGCGGCGCCCCCCACAGGACGGGAGGCGGAAGGUCUCAGGGACACCACCCUUCCGCGUCCCGCCAUUCAGCUGAACGAGCAGCAGGUGUCGAAGUGGACAAAGGUGGAUCUCCUGCGGCCCUCUGCUGCUGCUGCUGCCGCUUCGGCCGCCGCCGCCGCCAAGGAAGUUGGAAACCGCACUUGUGUCGCCGCGUCCAACCAGGUUGCAGCGUCUUGCAAGGGACGAAAGGCGCGUGCCGAGUUGGAGGCGGAUGGGAUGACGAAGGAAAAGGAACUCUCGCAGCGGCCAUUCCUGGAUACGGCGUCUCGGACAGCCAACAUGACGAAUUUGAAACGUCUGCUUAUGGGCUAUGGGGUGUUUCCAGAGAAAUACCGACCUCUUACUUGGCGGUUUCUUCUGCAACUCCCCGAGCGACGCUUUACGGCCCCACAGUACGCCCAGCUUCUCAGCAAAGGGACGCAUAGAUUGGUCCCCUCUCUCAUGAAGCCCUUUCCUCUGGCCAAUAAGAAGAUGCGAAGUGCGAUGGAGAGUGUCCUGUCAAUUUUGGCGUGGCAUGUGCCUUUUUUUGCUGUGAUUCAUUUUUUGCCCAUGAUUGUUUACCCCUUUUUGCAAGUAUAUGGGGACGACAUCCAAUCAACAGUGGAGGUUGUCCUUGUGGUUUUGUCCAACUGGGGCCAGGAGUUCUUUCAAUAUUACCCGCAACACCCCGUUGCUCUCACCUCAUUACUGAAUCAGCUGCUUCGCACCGAGGACGCAGAGCUCCACAGCCACCUUGAACAAUCCGGAGUCACGGCCGAGGAGUGGGGUUGGGAGCUGCUGAAAUCGUUUGACACAGACAUUCUUACCUCGGCGGCAUGGUUGCAGGUGAUGGACCACGUCUUCUUUAACAGGCCAAUUUGGUUUUUCCUCUUCCACGUGCGUUGGCUUAUAAGUCUUCGUGCGAGGCUAAUGAACUUGCACGAGCACCAAGAACUCUUAGCCGUCUUUAGCGCGGCACAACCCAUUGAUAUCAACAAGGUGAUUGCGGAAACCUACGGCUUGUACGACCGGUAUCCCAGGGGAGAGUUGGCCAAGCCGUACGGUGAAAUUCAUUCCUUCGUCAACUAUGCAUACCCCGUUGCAUGGAAAAGCAACAACGAGACGACCACCAGAAAGCUGGCGGAACUUCAGCAGUCGCUCCAGCAUGAGGGACAGGAAGAGGAGCUUUGCCGUCAACUUCAGGGUAUUCGCCAGCAGAUGACCGAGGCUGAGGUACUGGAGGAUGUCUUUGUUGAGAAGCGACGCGCUGAAGUUGCCGCUCAACUCACCAUGGCGAGCGAACGCCUGCAAAACGACCUGGCCUGCGAAAAGGAGAAGCAGCGGGCGUGUGACAUGAAAAAUAUGGCUCGAAUUCAGACGGUGCAAAAGCAUCUCCAACAGGCGGACCGCUUAGAGGCGCUGAAGGAGGAAAUUGCGUCUGCGCGCGUUCAGGUUGCCUUCCUUGCUGACCUCAGGGAGAAGGAAACACGACACUGGAAGCUGGCGGAAUCCCUGACGGAGCAUGAAGUGCGUCGCCUUGAAGAAGCUGCUCGCGAACGCCUCGCAAGGGCAAAACUAGCCAUUGAAGAUGAGGCAGGGAAGAGCUCUCCGCAAUCGGGAGAGGGUGAAAGUGGCUCGAGCCCUGCAACAACAACAACGCCAUUAGCAAAGCCUGCGCAGAGUCCCUUGGGGACGGCGGAUACGACUCCACAGACGCCUAAGGUGUCAAGGGGUCCCGUGCAUGCGUACCGUGCGAUGCAGAGCUUUGUAACUCGUGGGGUGAAUGAGACGCAUGGGGCAGAUCAGCAACAAGAGCGUUCAACAGCUAUGCACCCAGCAACUCCUCCAGCUUCUUCAUUUAUGGCUCUCAGAAGCCCCUUAUAUGAUAACUUGCUUGACGACGCCGCGCCUAGGACCCAGAGCGAGAGGAAGUGGUCGACAAACGUCGACUCCCUGCCGCAGAAACAGCGAGGUUCGAGUGACCGUGACGAACGCUCCUCUGCGGGAACCGUGCUGCUCCGUUCCCGUGGUUCCACAGCCUACCGGUUACCACUUCCGCCGCAGUAA